GGCCCCGUUAAGAAGAGCGUGGCCGGCCGCGGCCACCGCUGGCCCCAGGGAAAGCCGAGCGGCCACCGAGCCGGCAGAGACCCACUGAGCGGCGGCGGAGGGAGCAGCGCCGGGGCGCACGAGGGCACCAUGGCCCAGACGCCCGCCUUCGACAAGCCCAAAGUAGAACUGCAUGUCCACCUAGACGGAUCCAUCAAGCCUGAAACCAUCUUAUACUAUGGCAGGAGGAGAGGGAUCGCCCUCCCAGCUAACACAGCAGGGGGGCUGCUGAACGUCAUUGGCAUGGACAAGCCGCUCACCCUUCCAGACUUCCUGGCCAAGUUUGACUACUACAUGCCUGCUAUCGCGGGCUGCCGGGAGGCUAUCAAAAGGAUCGCCUAUGAGUUUGUAGAGAUGAAGGCCAAAGAGGGCGUGGUGUAUGUGGAGGUGCGGUACAGUCCACACCUGCUGGCCAACUCCAAAGUGGAGCCAAUCCCCUGGAACCAGACUGAAGGGGACCUCACCCCAGACGAGGUGGUGGCCCUAGUGGGCCAGGGCCUGCAGGAGGGGGAGCGAGACUUCGGGGUCAAGGCCCGGUCCAUCCUGUGCUGCAUGCGCCACCAGCCCAACUGGUCCCCCGAGGUGGUGGAGCUGUGUAAGAAGUACCAGCAGCAGACCGUGGUGGCCAUUGACCUGGCUGGAGAUGAGACCAUCCCAGGAAGCAGCCUCUUGCCUGGACAUGUCCAGGCCUACCAGGAGGCUGUGAAGAGCGGCAUUCACCGUACUGUCCACGCCGGGGAGGUGGGCUCGGCCGAAGUAGUAAAAGAGGCUGUGGACAUACUCAAGACAGAGCGGCUGGGACACGGCUACCACACCCUGGAAGACCAGGCCCUUUAUGACAGGCUGCGGCAGGAAAACAUGCACUUCGAGAUCUGCCCCUGGUCCAGCUACCUCACUGGUGCCUGGAAGCCGGACACGGAGCAUGCAGUCGUUCGGCUCAAAAAUGACCAGGCUAACUACUCGCUCAACACAGAUGACCCGCUCAUCUUCAAGUCCACCCUGGACACUGAUUACCAGAUGACCAAACGGGACAUGGGCUUUACCGAAGAGGAGUUUAAAAGGCUGAACAUCAAUGCGGCCAAAUCUAGUUUCCUCCCAGAAGAUGAGAAGAGGGAGCUUCUCGACCUGCUCUAUAAAGCCUAUGGGAUGCCACCUUCAGCCUCUGCAGGAAGGAGUUCCUUUCUGGUUCUGGUGUUCUAUGAUUUUUACAACAUCCUGGGUACUACAAGUUGCCUGAUCUUUCUGCUUCUCUGAACCAAUGAGCAGGGCAGAGCCUCUGAAGACGCCACUCCUCCAAGCCUUCGCCCUGUGGAGUCACCCCAACUCUGUGGGGCUGAGCAACAUUUUUACAUUUAUUCCUUCCAAGAAGACCAUGAUCUCAAUAGUCAGUUACUGAUGCUCCUGAACCCUAUGUGUCCAUUUCUGCACACACGUAUACCUCGGCAUGGCCGCGUCACUUCUCUGAUUAUGUGCCCUGGCCAGGGACCAGUGCCCUUGCACAUGGGCAUGGUUGAAUCUGAAACCCUCCUUCUGUGGCAACUUGUACUGAAAAUCUGGUGCUCAAUAAAGAAGCCCAUGGCUGGUGGCAUGCA